UGCAACUCAGUUCAGUUCGUAGACUAGUUAGACGAGCUCCGUUACGUCAGGUGAGAAGAAGCGGUCGCAGCCUCUUCGAUCGCGGAGCCUACGCGUUUUCGCGCCGAAGGACGUCGUGAGAUUCGCAAAGAGAGGCUAGUGAACAUGAGAAGUGUGAUUGUGCGUGAGAUCGGUAUGGGUGCAUCGCGACGAGAGCGUUAACGAGCACACGCCCCGACAACGAGGAUGACGACCGAACGCGGCAUCUACUCCUCCUCUUGAAUUCCGGCGCAACGUCGAUGAGGCCUCUGCGAGGAGAAUCGUCCGCCACCACAAGCACAUUCGCUACAUCGUAUCCGCUCUCGAGAGACGCCGUUUCCCUCGAGGGAGAAUUUUCCCGGUGGCGAGAAUCGCACGUUUUAAGCCACCGCGCGAUCGCGCGAUCGCGCUACGAGAAAGUGGCAUGACUCCGACGAGGUUCCGAUGAGUCUUGUAGACGAACGUACGCGAUGACUUCCUCGCGCGUAGUCAGAGCGCAACAUCGACAGUGAGUGAGACUCUUAUCGUCUCGGGAUCGUUUGCGGACACGGUGGGCAGAACCGGGGACUCGCGCGGCGGAAUUCCAAGUGCGGUGUCCGGGCCUCAGUGAGAUGGCCUUCAUGAUGAAGAAGAAGAAGUAUAAAUUCUCGGUGGAGGUCGACCUCGAGGAGCUCACGGCGGUACCCUUCGUCAGUGCUGUGCUGUUCGCUAAGCUCAGACUCCUGGAUGGCGGUUCUUUCGUCGAUCAUUCCACCAGGGAGGAAGUGCAAGAGCACACGGUUAGAUGGAACGCCAAGUUCGAGUUUUUAUGCAAGAUGAGCGCCAAUGCAUCUACGGGCGUGCUCGAUCCGUGCAUCUUGAGGAUAUCCGUGAGAAAGGAAUUGAAAGGAGGCAGAUCCUUCCAGAAACUAGGUUUCACCGAUCUCAAUUUGGCCGAAUUCGCAGGAGCUGGCCUUUGUCGAAGAAGGUGUCUCUUGGAAGGCUACGAUGCGAGACAUCGUCAAGAUAACUCUAUGUUACGCGUAGCUAUCAAGAUGAACAUGCUUUCCGGAGAUAUCCUGUUUAAAGUCCCUUCGCCGUCGUUGAAGCAAACGCAACUGGCAGUGCCUGGUGUACAGGGUGUACCUGGCGUCACCGGCGACGAGGUGACGACAUCUGAGAGAUGCAGUAACCGUGAGGAUUACGUGUCUACCGGUUCGCUAGCAGGAAGUAUAGCCAGCGCCAGCAGCGGUUUCGGUAGUCUUCCCAAAAAGAGACCCGCACUCUUCACCUCCGAACUUCUUAGUGGAACGGAGACGUACGAUCCAAUGACCCUCAGCGAGAUCGUGCCGUCGGCAGUUCCGGUAGAGGCUCUGGUGGAAGCGCACACGGAGUCGGGACAUUCGCGCAAUAGCAGUAAUACGAGUCAACUUAGCAAGGGAUCCGGCUACGGUUCUCUCAAUUCACACAGCCAGCACAGCAGACAGAGCAGUAGCGGUGACAGUGGUCACAUUAGGUCACCUUCCUGGCCGGUAUGGGCACCACGAAUCCCGAACUCCUACCAGAAUCCACCCGCACAACCGUUUGCCUGUCAAUCCGACACCUCUGUCGAGCCCCUAUCGCCACACCCGUCCUCCCUGUCGCACAUGAUCACCAGAACUCGGUUCUGGUCGACGUCGAGCCCGCUCUCCUCGCGUUGUCGUCCGAGCAACGCGCAAGACUCGACGACGAGCGACAUUGCGGAGAACGUCCACUCGGUCGGGAAGCAGCAGCAGCAGCAGCAGCAGCAGCAGCCGCUCUGCGCUCGGAACGGUUUCUCGAGCGAUGUUUCACGGCCGAGCGAUUGUCGCGAUCACGCCAACGACGAGCUCGUCGCCACCUUGGUGGCACCCGGAGUCUUCAGAGUACCCGACGUGCCGCGACACGCGCGCAAGAAUUACGAGAGAAACGAGGCGCGUAACGAACGUAACGCGACAAACGAGCACGAGGAUAACGUCUCGAUCGGUCCGACCGCGAAGUCGCGAAUCAGUCACGCGGGUUGGCGUGGCAUGUCCAAGACCUGCGACUGUAUUGAAAAGAGUAAAACGAGCCCGGUCUUGCGACUGAUCGAUCAGGCCAGAGCCGUGUCUUCUCCCGAUCCUCUCCAUAGGCCCGACAAUCAAAGAGCCUCACUACGUUCCGCGACGACAGCCCAGACCCUCAGGGGUAUUGGCGGAGGUCACCGCAAGUUGCUGGACGGGACGGGGGGCAAGCUAGCUACGGUCGCCACCAGUCCAGCGGACUCCGAGGAGUCCUCGUUAGGGGUACCGGAAGUCGCUCCACCGAGCUCGCAGCAUCGAAACAGCAUUACCCCACCAAAUCCUUCCGGCGGUUCGGGUCUCAGCGAAACUGGGUCCUUGGACCGAGCCAAAGCCGCACUGGAACGCAGGAAAAAAGCGGAAGACGGCACUGGUAAUCCUAUCCUCUGCAGAGUCGAAGUCACCAGGCCGAACCCUGAUUCUCUUAUCGACGAGCUGCUCAAAGCAACGAAUUUGGAACAGACGGAUCUCGAAAGUUCCGAGACAACUGGUCUUCAACUCUUCAUCGCGAAAGACGGCACGACCGCGCUCGGCAGCCACGAGGUAAAGAGUCAAAUGCCCGGUGUGUUCAAGCAGGUAGUGAUGGAAGAGAACAACAGGUAACACGAAGCCAUCACGUCGAGACGGCAAUACGCAAGACAGACCGGCGCUACGUUCUCGUUGGCCCUGGUGCCAGAGCUCGUCUACGAAGCCUACGAGCCCCGGUAGUCACGAAGGAGAACGACGGCGUUGGGCGGCGAGGGAAUCGUCGACACGAGGGGAGCGGCCAAACGAGAUCGUACCCGUAUUCUUAUUAGAUCGUUUAAAAAUCGUAGCUCUCCUCCGCGUACACGAACAACGCGCUUCGACGAUUUCUGUUCGUUCCAAGACGACGGACGCUUCGAGUAUCACAAGGCUCGAAAAGACUCGAGAAAGCAGCGAACGGGAUCUGCACGCGGCGGCGUCGCUACGUGCCCGCUACGUGCGAAGCAACUAAAGGCAAUACACGAAGACAGAUAAUCGCCGUUUGUAAGAGUGACGUCGAGCAAGCAGGCGCAUGCUACCGAAGCUAACUCAAAAAUUCUAAAAAGCAGAUAUUUUCUUCCCUGUAAAGGAAGCACGAUAAUCCUCGUCGAGCGUGCUUCACUUAAAAGAGGGGAAUGUUAGUCAAUAAAGUUUAAUCGAGAGGGGAAAUACAGAACGUAGUAAAGGAAUAUAGUUAUGCGAGAGGAUAAUGACGAGACGAAACACGGUCAAGGUCCGACGAAACUUUGCAAUGGAGAGAGUAAUGUCGAGCGAAACUUAAGCGCCAACUUUAUUUAUAGCAAUACGGCGACGAUACCUUACGUUUACGUGUAACGUGUGCGAAACGCAAACCGUGAUCGGGGCACGAAGACAAGGAUAUUAAAUUGAGAUAUUAUGUAUCGUAGUUUUAUAUAAAAGUACCUUUGACACACACACAGAGAGAGAGAGAGAGAGAGAGAGAGAGGGAGAGAGAGAGAAAGCAUUUCCAACCAAACGAGAAACGUCGAUAAAUCAUAUUCUACUGUUAUUCCGAUUUUGGAUUACGAUUUUACACUUUUUGUCAAUUGGCAAUUCAUUUCUGCCUUAUGAGCAAGUAAUUUUUCUCUUAGUUUUUCUUUUUGUUCUUUGGUUUACUUUUUCGAAACCUUCAUGUGCAGUUAAUCGGAGAGAGUUCAAGUGAAUAGUUGGAAGAUACACUCGUAAGUAUACACUCGUUUACACGACGGUCUGUACACGAUUGCAAACUACUGCUCACGAGCUUGCAUGAUAAUCGGACAGUAUAUCAAAUGGUAACCCUUUAUUUCCUAACGGAUAAAAGUGCUUUGAUUUCUCAAUGAGCUCCCUCAACUUGAUCAAAAAAAGUAUGUGCGAGCCGUUGUGCAAACGACUGAAUAUACGUGUAACAUCUGUAAUCUCAUUAUCUGAAUACAUUUCCGCUUCAAAAGAGACACUCUUUAUUUCGAGAGUAGCACAGCUUCGAUGCUUCCUGAGCAAUCGCAACUCUUAGACGAAGUACUUCCAAAACCAGCUGAUUCUUUUGAGGGAGUGAAUUUGGAAACGUUCUUCUUAAUGUACAAAACCGCGUUCUCUGUACAGUGCGAUAUAAAUGUUCCACGACUGAAUAGUUUAUGUAGCAUUAUUUUAUUAAAUUAACGUUAACGAGCUCGACGGAGACAUCGGUCUCCAUUUCGUCGAACCUUCUCCAGAGGUCAGCCAGACUCUUCGAUCGGCUCGACCCGGCUAUCCCGAUAGUAAUCUGUAUAUAUAGCUGUAGUAUCUGUUACGUAGCUAAAUCGCUGGUGUUGUACACAUACCUUCUUUCCGUAAACGAAUAAUCUAUAACUGCUAGUGUACGUUGUGCCGGUGUAUCAAAAAGUAUGCGAACAGAUGUACGUGUGUGUAUGCGCGCGUAUAUGUGCGUGCGUGCGUGCGGAUAGAUACGUAGGUUUCCGAAUGCCUGCAAAAAUGAAAGAGUGUUUUGUUAGUAACGCGUGCUUAGGUGUGCCUGAAUCGUCGCAGAGUAGUGAGUACUUCCAAUGUCCGCGAGGUCCGAAAGAGUAGUUUAAGAGCAUUUCUCCUCGCGGUUCAUCGCAGAAAGAAGGGCAUGAAGUCGAUGAUUGAAUUGCGUGCACAAACAAACGCUUCCUCGAGGCACUCCGAAGUAACUCGCCGAUACAGUUUCUCGUACGGAUCCGGACGUGUUUGGAGGGCAACGAGUGACUCUCCUUUCCUCUCUUUUCUUUUGCUCUUCUCUCCUCUCUUCACUUCUCUCCUCUCCUCUCCUCUCCUCUCCUCUCCUCUCCUCUCCUCUCCUCUCUUCUCUUCCCUUCUUCUCACCUCCUCACCUCUCCUUUCAUUUCUUCUCCUCUCUUUUUCUCUUUCUUAUGAAUUUCCGAGACUCUCGUAGAGUUCCAUUUUGAAAAUCGAGUCCAUUAAUUGCGCUAAUCGGAUAAACGAUUAAAAGUGAUAAAAUUGCCGACAUUCGGACAGGAGAUCGAUAUAUUCCAACGCGAAUCACACGUUUGAUAAGAGGCAGGCAUCACGUUGUACGUUUUCGUAUAUAAAUAGAUCAAUACGUUCCUUUCCGCUGCGUUUUCCUUUCUUUUUCUACGCGCGUACGUUUCUCCUUACAAGGAAAUUCACAACAGUUCCCUCGCGAUUUUGAUACGCUUUAAAUGUCUUCAAGACGAAAAUGUUUUCAACAAAGUUGAUUGUUUCAGAGAUAAUUUAGUCCCUAAAUCUGCGAUUGCGCAGAUGUAAAGUAAGGUACGUUUCUCUUAUUUGCAUCUAGAGAAGGAUCACUGUUAUGAAUUCCCCUGUUAGAUAACGUUCGAGAAUACCGUUCGAUAUCACUCUCACAAUUUUAUAGGACUACGAUUUAUAUCGUGUCGCUCGCGAGUCCCGUCGCAACGACUUUCGAGUUAACUCUUGACUACUACAAACAAGUUGAAUCCAGUAAAAUAACAGAAGAAAUAGAAGAAGACAGAAAUAGAAAUACGCAUCUUGAGAAAAAUAAAUUUAAACACUUGACAACUUGCGAUUAUUUUGAAAAAGAGCGUUACAAAGCAUAAUAAUUAUCAAUCUUUUUUGCCAAUUUAUCACAGUACAAAAAGUAUCGAUCCGAAAGCUACUUCGCCACCAGUCUCACUCAACCACGGUAGUCGUGAGUUAAAAAGCAAGUCGAUUCAUAAACUUCCUCGUGAACGUGCGAGGGCUAUUUUUUCAUUCGAGACAAUCCUUUUGUUUAUAAGAUACGCGCGAUAUGCCAGGAGCCAUCGCAGCGAAAAGCGCGUCGAUUCACAUUAAUUAAUUUAUUGGAUAGAGCUCCCAUGGUGAGGUAUACUUCGCACGAGUAUUCCUCCCGAGUGGGACGCAAACGACUCCUCGUUUUUGUACGUCGCGUCACGUUAAGAGACAAAGUGCGUAGAAUAUCGUUCUUUCGUUACCACGGCGAUCCGAGGCGUCGCGACGACAACGCACGUGUUCACCCGUUCGUCGAUAAAAAUUUAAAAAAAAAGGAGAGAGAGAGAGAGAGAGAGAGAGAGAAAGAAAAACACAUUUGCAGAAAACCGCGGUCGUUUCGUUGCCCGGCAGAUAUUAAUGUUGUGAUAUUUUAUGAUAUUGUAACGAUAGAUACCGUUAUUACCUGUAUUAUUAAUUGUAUUGUAACGACUUUUACUUUCAUUCGCGGAAGUGGCAGCCGCGGGUCGCGCUCCGUGACGCCACCCUUCCUGAUUUACACAAUUGUUGAUAUUUCGUCUAUUCUUUACUUUGUCAGAUGAUUACGAAACUUCCAUGUGCUGAUAAUAUAACAUCUUAAAAACCA